AUGAAGAUCAUAGAUAAGAUCAACGAGAAGUUGGCUAAGGGAGAGAGGUUCUUCAGUUACGAGUUCUUCCCGCCCAGGACCGAAGAGGGCGUCGAGAAUCUGCUUGAGCGCCUGGACCGCAUGGCGGCUUAUGGGCCCACCUUUUGCGACAUCACCUGGGGCGCCGGCGGUACCACUUCAGAUGUCACGCUCGACAUUGCCACCAAGAUGCAGAACUCAGUGUGCGUCGAGACCAUGAUGCACCUGACGUGCACUAACAUGCCGGUAGAGCAGCUGGAGAGUGCGCUCAAGGAGGUGCGCAAGGCCGGGAUUCAAAACAUACUAGCGCUGCGCGGCGAUCCCCCCAAGGGCCAGGAUCACUUUGAAACGGUGGAGGGCGGCUUCAGCUGUGCGCUGGACCUGGUGCGCUACAUCCGCAAGGAGCACGGGGAUUUCUUUGGGAUCGGCGUUGCAGGCUACCCUGAGGCCCAUCCCGACAGCAUCGUGGACGAUCCCGAGCAGAUGAAGGUCAACUAUUGGGACAACAUUGCGUACCUGAAGAAGAAGAUUGAGGCAGGAGCGGACUUUGUGGUGACGCAGCUGUUCUAUGAGGUGGAGCGCUACAUACAGUUUGUCAAGGACUGCCGCAGCGUGGGCAUCACGGCCCCCAUCCUGCCGGGGAUCAUGCCCAUCAUGGCCUACGGCGGCUUCAAGCGCAUGACCGGCUUCUGCAAGACCGCCGUGCCCAAGUUUGUGUCUGACAGGAUGGAGGAGAUCAAGGAGGACGAGGAGGCCGUCAAGGCCUUUGGCAUUCAGCUCGGCACGGACAUGUGCAAGCAGCUGCUUGACGCUGGCGCUCCCGGCGUCCACAUGUACACGCUGAACCUGGAGCGAAGCGCCAUGGCCAUCCUAGAGGGGGUGGGACUCAUCGACCCCGCCAACGUGCCCAGGCCCCUGCCCUGGCGCCACAUCCCCUCAAGCGGACAGCGCGCAGAGGAGCGCGUGCGACCCAUCUUCUGGAGCAACCGUCCCAAGUCAUAUGUCACGCGCACAGCCAAGUGGCAGGAGUUUCCCAACGGCCGCUGGGGCAACUCCCGCAGCCCUGCGUACGCCACUUUGAGCGAGCACCCCUUCAUGCGGCGCCACACCAGCAACGACAAGCGUCGCGAGCGCGCCCGCGCUGCCUGGGGUGCUGCGCUGCCCAGCCUUGAGGCUGUGACGGAUGUGUUUGUGCGCUACUGCCAGGGCGAUGCCAAAGUGCUGCCCUGGGCUGAGAUGGAGGACCUGCACCCGGAGACAGGGCCUAUCAAGGAGGGCCUGGUGGCGCUGAACCAGGCGGGGUACCUGACCAUCAACAGCCAGCCGCGCGUCAACGGGGCGCCUUCCAACGACGCCACCUUUGGGUGGGGCCGUAAGGGGGGAUACGUCUACCAGAAGGCCUAUGUUGAGUUCUUCUGCUCUCCAGACAAGCUGGAGUCUCUGCUGCAGCGGCUGAGUGGUGCUGAGGGCAUCACCUACCUGGCAGUCAACGCAGCAGGGGAGCUACGCACCAACAUGGCAAAGGGCACCGUCAACGCCGUCACAUGGGGCGUUUUCCCAGGCUCUGAGGUGGAGCAGCCCACAGUGGUGGAUCCCGUGAGCUUUGAGGUUUGGAAGGAUGAGGCUUUUGGCCUGUGGCUGAGUGAGUGGGGUGCGCUGUACGAGGAGGCCAGCCCCAGCCGGCAGCUGCUGCAGACCAUCCACGACACCUGGUGGCUGGUCAGCGUGGUCGACAACGACUACGUCACGGGCGACCUCUUCAAGGCACUUGGGGUGUGA